UUGUUGAAAAUACAUGAAAAACUGCUACACUUCUUUUUCACGUUCGCCAAGAUGACUCUCGUCUUGCAAUGGUUUAUUGCAUGUGGCCUUUUAUUUUGGACAAGUUCCGUUUGCUCGUACUUUCUAGAUGUAAACAACUCUGUUGAAGAGACGGAGACGUAUCUUGCCAAUGCGAGUUCUGUCUUCUUCAACUUGUACACAAGGCAAAAUCCAUUUGAGCCUCAAAUUCUGAAAGUUGGCGAUUUGGAAUCGCUCCAACAAUCAAACUACAUGGCGUCUCUUCCGACUAAAAUGGUGGCCCACGGAUAUAACGGCGAUCCGGGGACGUUUAAUGCUACCAAAGAUGAGUUUCUGCAGCGCGAAAAUUGCAAUUUUAUAACAAUCGAUUGGGUUGAAUUGGCUUCGGGCAUCGACUACCCUUUGAUUGUAAUACGUAAUGUUCCACUGGCUGCAUCGGAAACAGGGGCUUUUGUCGAUUUUCUUCACGAAAAUACCGGUGCACCGUUGGGUUCUUUUCACUUGAUCGGAUUCAGCUUGGGGGCACAUGUCGUUGGCGGUGCCGGGGCUGCUGUAGUUUCGGGCAAUUUACCUCGCAUUACUGGGUUGGAUCCGGCUGCUCCAGGGUUUUCCAUUAACGACACAGAAACACGAUUGGACACUACUGACGCUGAUUUUGUUGAUGUAAUACAUACGAACAGUGGACCGAUAUAUCUAGGAGACGUAUCAAUGGAAGAAGCCAUUGGGCACGUUGAUUUUUAUCCAAAUGGAGGACAGAAACAGCCUGGCUGUCUACUGGCCGAAACACGAGAUGGCGAAACCAGAGGCUGUGAUCACAGCAGAUCAGUUCUGUUCUUUGAUGAAUCCAUUAAUAGUGAGAUCGGAUUUUGGGGCGUCCAGUGCAAUUCAUUCGAAGAAUUCCAAGCAGGAUUGUGUGACGGCAACUCGGCUGCUCUUAUGGGGGAACCGACUCCAGUCACAACUCGAGGCAUCUACUACUUGGUAACGAACGACGUGGAACCAUUUGCCAUGGGGCUACUGUAAGAUUCCCAUUCGUCGCAUCCUAUUGCGAAAUAAAAACCUCUCGGCAAGAUUUGACCGUACUGUACUAACUCUUACAGACACAACCUGUUGCGAGAGUUUUUCCAA